CCCACCACCCACCACCCACCUCUUCAACCCCAUCUGAACGAGACUAAAUCGAAACUAAGCCUCCUGAGGUCCCUACCCACACCCACGCCCACUCCCACCACUCCACCACCUUGUCACUGUGCUGUACUCUGCCGCACCGCCUUACUACCUUACUACCCAUAUCCAAGAUCUUCUGUUCCUCAUCUACGAUCAUCUCUCUUCCCCUACACAUCUAUCUCUACCGGUGUCGACGACUUCUACGUCCUCGCUCGCUCUGCCGCUGUCACGGUCUUGUUAUCGUCACAUACGCCCUACCACGAAACGCACCCUUCGAUUCGAAGCGACCCCCCGUACACACUCUGUCACCUGUCACAACUGGUGCGAUCAAUACAUCCCAGAAACUCGCAGUUAGUUACGCUGGCGACAUCGUCCACCUCACCAUUACGACGCUGAAACCCCACGACUGCACACAACGCAGACAUACACAUACUCAAACGCUCCUACUUUUCGCCUACCUAGCGACGGUUGCCUCUCGCGCAAAAAGCAAACUCUGGGUCAUCUUAUGUGGAGAUAAGUUGGAGGUCAUAUAGGCAGCUUGCAUGGCAUUAAACCCCGACUUCUACAUCUACAACAUCCCGGAUCUUCGCCUUGACAAGCUCUUCGGCCUAACUUCGAAUCUCGAUAUUUGCGAUCGCUCUUCACGACCACGGCUGUGAAAAACAAUACGUCCAACGACGCGGGGCCUUGGCCGACGGCCUUGACACACGGCGGUUGCCAUAUGAUCGGUCGAAAUGAUGGCAGGCAACUUCCAGCAGAUGGGGAAUGCUGGAGGUAAUCCAGUGAUGAUGCAUCAAUCACAAGCACAGUAUCAGGCGCAGCAGAACGCGAUACAAACUGUGCUCCUUCAGAACAUCCAGCAACAGACACAGACGGCCACCUUAUCAGGAUGGCGAGCUAACAUUCCGAUCACAGAGCGCUUGGGUCAAGUGUGGCAUAUUGUCACUCAGUUGCGCCUAACCAAUGCCAAUACUGUGGCAAACGACAUACAAAAGAUGUGCGGGUUGGCGUUGAGUUUUGAGAAGGGAGCCUUCGAAAAUGCCGCGGAUAGAGAUACAUAUUUGGCACAGCUUCGCGACAAACUCGGGCAAUUAACGACGGCACGAAACCAAAUAUCAAUGAACGCACAAGCAGCGCUUCAGGCGCAAGCGCAAGCGCAAGCACAGGCCCAGGCGCAAGCCCAGGCUCAAGCACAGCAGAUGGGGAUGAUGAACCAAGGAGGCAUGCCGGGGCAGAUGGGCAGGCCUAACAUGGGCCAACCGGAGGCCCAGCAAACCUAUCAGCAUCUACAACAUCAGAUGCAGGCAUCACCACUCCCCGUCCAACAACCACAACCGCAACAGGGAGGCAUGGGGAUGGCUAACAAUAUGCAGCCUCAAAACAUGUCUCAGGCACAGCCACAAUUCCAGAUACCCAUGCAACAGCAACAAUCUCAACAGUCGCAGCAGCAACCUCAGCCUGGUAUGAAUAAUCGCCCGCAAGGCACGCAAGCUCAGUUGUCACCGGCGGAGCAAGCUAUGGUGCUCGAGAUGACGAAUAGGUAUAUGGCCGCUGCCUCGGAGGAGGACAAAAAUAACAUACGGAUGAACAUGCAGGGAAGAAUGGACCCGGCGACAUUGCUCCGCUAUCAGGCUCAGGGAAUGGAUCCCUUGAUUUUGUACUAUCGCAACCAGGUAGUGAGUCGCCUACGACAGGAAAAGCUACGGCAACAGCAACUUGCCAACCAGCAAUCGGGCCAAGGUAUGGCAGCAAACAGACCCCAAUCUGCGGUUCCAAUGCAACAGCAACGAUCGGGAAAUCCCAAUGCCGUCGGAGGCCAACCACAGGAACCACAGCAGCAGGUGAUUGGUAGUGCCGAUUUUGGCUUUUUAGGUGGAGUGGACCAACAAAACCAGAAUGCGAAUCUUGUUCAGGAGGCGGGGCAAAUCGGAAUCCCACAAAAUGCCCAGCAGGGGAAUACCACACCCCAACCGAUCACCGGCCUACCCGGUCAGGGUGUAACACCAAAUAACCAGCGUGUUGCGCAGAACCCAAAUGUGAGGGCGCAGCAGCAGUUCAACGCCCAACAAGCUCAACAGGAGCGCAUAAACCAAGCCGCUCAGGCACAAGUUCAGGCCCAGGCUCGUGCCAAAGCUCAGCAAAUGGGGCUUCACGGCCAACCUGGCGGCAUGGGACCCAUGCCUCCAGCGCAGAGCCCAGCCAUGAACACGCUAAAUGCCCCUCUCGUCAGAGCACCGCAGCAAAAUCCUGGAGCAGAGAAUCAACAGUUGAACCAAUCUGGACAAGCACACUUCGGACAGCCUAUCGACCCUCGUUUCGCCGCGGCAAUGAACCAGCGGGCCGGAGGCAAUGGACAGAACGCCGGCAUUAUGUUUCCCGCCAACAUGACGCAAGAGCAACGCCAAAAGCUCUCAGCAUUACCUGCAGACAAGCUGAAUGAGGUUAUUGGAAAGUGGAAUGAGCGAGUCGUGCCGCCUGGGCAGCAGGGUAGGCCAAUGGGGCCAAUGCCGGGGAAUGGCCAAAUGGUCCGGCCCAACCAGGGAAUGCCACAGGCUGGGAUGAAACAACAGAAUGUAGCGAACCAGAUGGGGGCUCAGUUUUUGCCAAAUGGCCAGCAAAUUCAACGUCCUAACCAGCAAAUGAUGGCCGGAAUGAACCCGCAGCAGCAGAUGCUCAUGCAGCAACAGAUCGCGAACAGAAUGUCCCAGCAGCAAGCGCAGGGCCGCAAUGUGCCGCAGACCCCAAUGGGAGAUAUGGCUGCCAUUAGCCAAAUCGACCAUAUGGAGUUCCCAGCACAAGCGGUUCAGAAUAUUCCACGACAGGUACCACCGGAGAUUAAGAGGUGGGGCCAGUUGAAAACCUGGGUUGCUCAAAACUUCGGAAAUAUGCCCCAGUUAUUGGAGCAAGUGAAGCAGCUUCAAAGGAUGCACUACCAAGGCCUCGUCCGCGCUAGAAUGACACAACAGCAGCAGCGUUUGCAGCAACAGGCCGGCAGGAACAUGAACCAAGUAGGCGGCCAGCCACAAAUGGGCGUAAACCCCGCGAUGGGAGCUCCUGUUGCUCAGAUGGGCCAGCCACAGCCGCAACAGAAUCACCAAAUAGCACAGAACAUGGCUAGCGCAGCGACCGUGUCCAUGGAGGACAUCCAAAAGGCUAGAGCGCAUCCAAGCGGAAGAUUGGCAGGCAUGAGUGACGAUCAAAUCAGGGAAACGUUGGUCAAAAAUCAAUUGCUGAACCGACAACGGCAGCUGGCGCAGAUACAACAACAGCAGCAAAUGCAUCAGGGGUUAAUACCCCAAGCGACUGGACAGGCCGGCCCUAUGGCUGCUGCGCAGCGUCCUGGAGUACAACAGCCCCAGGCUCAGCAAGGGCAAGCAGCGCAAGGACAGAAGAUGGCAAGGCCCCAGAGCGGACAACCAGCUGUGCAGCCGACACGCCCACCACAAGCUCAACCGUCAGCUGAUGUGAAACAGCCUACGGCUGCGCAAGCGCGUGCUGCAAAGGCUAAACAGCCAGCAUCAUCUCCAGCUCAGCCUCAACAAGGCAAGAGCUUGAAGCGAGCUAGUAGUGAUGAUGUUGUUGAGGUUCCGAAUCCAAAUGCUCAGCAAGCUGCCAGGCAGACUCAGCAGCAGCAGCAGGUGAACCAACAGCAGAAGCCCGGACAGCCACAACCGCCCCGGUUCAAUCUUACGGCAGAGCAGGUAGCUUCUCUUACUCCCGACCAGAGAAAGCAGUAUAUCCAGAGCAUGCAGCGAUUCCAACAGAGCAAACCCCAAGUUGGUCCUCUGCCUACGCCGGAAGACAUGACGCUAUUCCACUCAAUUAGACAAGAAGAAAUCUCGAAAUUCAAGGCCCCGGAGGACUUGCCGAUGGAUCAAAACACGAGGCAGGCUGUGGCGAACAAGUUGGUUAACACAGCACCGAAACUCUCAAAUGUCUCUAAAGUGGCACCACGCUGGUUCGCCAUUACGCAUGAUGAGAACCGAUUGAGAACCUUCUUCCGCACUCAAAUCAAAGUUGCCCAGCAGUUUGAGGAUCCGUCAAUGCAGACCCCGAAACAGACCUUUUCUAUGGGGAUGAAAGAUGUCGACGAAGCUUUGAACAUUGCCCAGAACAUGAUUGCGGAUGUGCUUGUCAAAUACCCUGGCCUAUCAAGAUCGCAAGGUGCUGCAGGUCCAGCUACUGGCCAGCCUCCAGCCACUGGAGCUAUGCCUCAGCCGUCCGUGCCACUCAAUGCGGCCAAUCUUCAGCAACAACAGCAGGCAUUGGCGAAGCAGCAGCAGCAAAACAAGGCUCGCAACCGCUCGGUCAGUAAAUCACAGACACCAGCGGCACCGACUACUUCGCAACCGCCGUUUGCCCUCAACUCACCCCAUGGCGUGCCUGUCAUGUAUGGACCGCCGCAGAUCGACUCUACGCAGCUCCAUAUCCCGCCCAAGAAGAAGAGGAAGAACAGCAACAGCUCUCCACAAGCUGCCACCCAGAAGAUCCUUCCUCCGCAAGCUGCUGGCGCGCCGGAUAUGCAACAGGAGCAGAUGGGAGAAGUUAAGCAAGGGCCAACGAUGUGGGGAUGCCCGGAGAUCGAUUGUGACCAUUUCUUCAACGAUCCAUUUGCGACCGAAGAGGAGCUGGAGAAACACAAGGAAGAAGAGCAUGUUAAGCCUCUGAAGGAGCCUGUAACGUUUAUGCUAAAUCAAUUGUCGCGGAUGGUUGGCCUGGAGGAAGAUGGAACGACGAAGAAGAGCGAAACAGCAGAUGGAGCCGCUGAUGUCGACAGCAAGGGUGCAGCCGCUUCUGCAGUGCCUAUGAAAGCACAGACUAGCACAACCGGAAAGCCUAGCCCCGCCACGUCCACCAAGACGACAAAGCCAUCCGAUGGGAAACAAGGUACACCAGUAGCGGCGAAACAGGUUCCUGCCAAGGGUCAGCCUGCACCUAAGGCUGAGCCGACUCCAGAGAAUCUAUGGGCCAACUCGUCUGUCAAUCCCCAGGAUCUGCUGCACAACUUCCAGAAAUUCGAGACUGGAGCCGGAGGUGCCAUCUCGAACAUGGACGUCUAUCGCUCCAUCACGCCGAACGACACGCCGGAGUCGAGCAAGGAUGGGAUCUCUGAACCCAAUAGCGAUAUCACGGAGGGCAUGGAUCUGAGCAUCGACCUUCACUCCAGCGAGUUUGACGUCAACUGGAUGCCCUUUGGGGCGAGCGUCGCGGAUGACCUCUUGGGAUUCGGGGAGAUCACCGUCGGCGGCGUGGACGACUCGGUGAUGGUCGACUCCGACCUGUUGGCGAACAACGAUUCCCAGUCCUGGGACCAGUUCAUCGACUUCUCGGCGCCGGACAAGCCGUUUCCGUUUGAUACAUCGUUGUUCGGGAUGAACGAACAGGAUCUGUAAGAGGAUGAUGUAUCUUUAUUGAAAGAAAUUUAGAGGACGGGGGGGGCGUGUUCUUUUUGGAGUUAUUUUGAUGAGUGCUUUGAUUUUUGGGGGAAUAUCUUGGGUCGAUUCGAAUUUUUACACGGGGCGCGGGAAUUGCGGUAUCUGUUGGAAGGGGGAGAUUAAAAUUUUUGAUGGCGAUAGCGCGGCGUUGGGGGUGAUUGAUCUAUUGUAUGGAAGCUGGAAGCUGAGCGCGACUGUAGGAAGGAAAGAAAGUACGGUUUACUCUAGGGGGGUGUAUUUUAGUUUUUAGCUCUCGGAGCCCGUGACGAUAUUUUCUCAUGAAUAUUCUUAAUGAUCUAUAUAUGGUUUUCUGGCGA